UUUGUACUCUUGGGUAUGUGUUUUGUGCUUUGCAUGAUGCUUUGUACUUGCUUUUCUUGCUUUGUACCAUGCAUUCACCAAAAAACUUUUGUUUAAACUGUAUAAUUUAAUUGUUUUUUUUAUUAUUUAUAAUGGGAAAAGCAAAAUAUAAUUGGAAGGCAAGACGUGUUGUUCAAACAGUUAUAGAUAAUUCAGAUGUAAAUACGAUAAAACUGGAUUUUGACGCAGAAGGCUAUUAUGAUACAUGUAAUAAAUUAGUCCUACCAUCUCAUAAGAGGAAGGUGAAAAUUAAACAAGAUAAAUCGAAGGUGAAAUUAUUAUCAAACAAACACCGUAAGCAAUUAGAGAAAAUUGUUGAGAGGAAGAAGAAAAAAGCUAAUAGAUCCGCUUUAUUGCAGUCUUUACAACAAGUUCAAAUAGAUUCAGAAGAAUUAUCCCAAUUUACUUCAAUUAUAUCAGUUCAAACUUCUGGUUUAAAAAGGCUUUCUCAAAAUAAAUCUAGUUUGAAAUCACAGGAACCUAAUACAGAUUUUUCUUCAAUUCCGGGUAAAAAGAUUAAUAGUAUUUCAAAUACAAAACAUAGAAAGUUAUGUCAUAAUAAUGUUAACGACAUUAAAAAUAUCACAAGCACGCCAAAUGUUGUUGGUUUGAAUGCGGAUAGUGAUGAAAUGUCUGAUAGUACUGAUGAGGAAAAAGAAGCAAGUAAAUAUGGUCCUGCAAUUAGCCAAGGUGAUGUAGUAGAACCUAAUAAGAACAGCAAUAUGUAUAAAAUGGAAGAGAGCAAUGUUCAAGUAGUAACAGCAUCCAGUAAAUCAUGCAACAAAACUAUUAAUGGUAUUGUAAGUAGUACUGAAACUAAGUUAAAUACAAAAGAAAUAAAGAAUAUUCAAAGGCAGCCCACAGUUUAUGUUGAUGUAAUUAGAGAUGAUGAAAUACAAGAAGCUAGGUUGAAAUUACCAAUUUUAGCUGAAGAGCAAUAUAUUAUAGAGGUUAUUAACGAAAACGAAAUUAUAAUUAUAGCAGGUGAAACUGGAAGUGGUAAGACAACACAAGUACCACAAUUUCUAUAUGAAGCUGGAUAUGCUUUAAAGAAACAAAUUUGUAUAACAGAACCUAGAAGAGUUGCAGCAAUUUCUAUGUCUCAAAGAGUUGCAGAGGAAAUGAAUUUAAGUACACAAAUAGUUUCAUACUUAAUAAGAUUCGAAGGAAAUGUAACUGAGGAAACCAAAAUAAAAUUUGUGACUGAUGGAGUACUUUUAAAAGAAAUACAUUCUGAUUUCUUGCUAACUAAAUAUUCUGUUAUUAUUCUAGAUGAAGCUCAUGAAAGAACUGUCUAUACUGAUAUUUUAAUAGGAUUGUUGUCUCGGAUAGUACCAUUAAGGAAGAAAAAAGGUGAUCCCUUGAAACUCAUUAUUAUGUCUGCAACAUUACGUGUUAGUGACUUUACAGAAAAUCAGAGAUUGUUUAAAGUUGCACCGCCAGUUAUAAAUGUGGAAAGCAGACAAUUUCCAGUUACUACACAUUUUAAUAAAAGAACUGUUGAGAAUUAUUUAAAGGAGGCUUACAGUAAAGUAAUAAAAAUUCAUUCCAAACUACCAGAAGGUGGAAUACUGGUUUUUCUAACUGGUCAACAUGAAGUAAAUUUACUAGUUAAGAAAUUAAGAAUAACAUUUCCUUUAAAUAUGAAAGAUAAACUAAUAGCAGAGAAAGAAAGAAUAGAGCCGAAUGCAGAUUACAAUAAUUAUCCAAAUGAUUUCGAUAAAAACUCAAAAGGCACAAAUAAGAAGAGAAAUAAUAAUCAAACUCAUAUAAAUCUAGAUGACUACAGUAUACCUAAUGACAAUGAAAGUAAUUCUGGAGAGGAAGAUGAACUGUUCUCUGAUGAAGAAGACUUAAUAGGAAAUAGUUCUGUGUAUCAUAAUGCUCAACCUUUAUGGGUAUUACCCCUUUAUUCCCUGUUACCUUCACAAAAGCAACAACAAGUUUUCAAGCCACCUCCAAUUGGUUAUAGAUUAUGCAUUAUUAGCACCAAUAUUGCUGAAACAUCAUUGACUAUUCCUAAUAUAAAAUAUGUUGUUGAUUCUGGUCGAGCAAAGAUUAAGCUGUAUGAUAAAGUCACUGGUUUAACAAGCUAUGUUGUUCGCUGGACUAGUAAAGCUUCAGCCAACCAGAGAGCGGGCAGAGCUGGACGCACAUGUCCAGGCCACUGUUACCGCUUGUAUUCUAGCGCAGUCUUCAAUAAUGAGUUUGAAGACUUUGCUACUCCAGAAAUUCAGAAAAGGCCUGUAGAUGAUCUUUAUUUACAAAUGAAAUGCAUGAACAUAGAUAAAGUUACUAAUUUUCCAUUUCCAACUGCUCCUGAUUUAUUACAGUUAAAAGCUGCAGAAAGCAGAUUAGAAAUUUUAGGUGCCUUAAGAAAUAAUGAAGUUACAUCUUUAGGUCAAUCAAUUUCUAAAUUUCCUGUAUUACCACGAUUUGGAAAAAUGUUGGCUUUAAGUAAUCAACAUGAUCUGUUCUCUCACACUAUAUGUUUGGUAGCUGCUCUGUCUGUACAAGAAGUAUUUUUAGAAACACCUUGGAGUGGAUCAUCUGAAGAAAAGAAGCAAUUAAGACAAAAAUGGGCAUCAUUAAGACGAGAAUGGGCGGGUACCGGUAAUUCAUUGUUACUUGGCGAUAAUGGUGUUCUAUUACGAGCUAUAGGAGCAGCUGAAUAUGCCAAUAGCCAGGGAAAACUGAAAGAAUUUUGUCAAAUAAACGGAUUAAGAUUCAAUGCAGUAACAGAUAUUAGAAAAUUACGAUUACAACUAACUUUAGAGAUAAAUAAAAAUAUUCCAGCCCUUGAUAUAAUAGUGGACCCGAAAAUGGAACCAUUUAAUGAUAUACAAGCUAAAUUGCUUCGUCAAAUAUUAUUAGCUGGUUUAGGAGAUCAAAUAGCUAAAAAAGUUUCACUGGAAGAGGCAAAUCAGUUCAAAGAAAAAGCAAAAUAUAAAUAUGCUUAUAAAGCAAAUAGUAUGGAGGAUUUUGUAUUUUUGCAUCAAAACUCUGUUCUUAAAAAAACGUUGCCAGAAUUUGUGAUUUUCCAAGAAAUUUAUGAAACCGAUAAAAUUUACAUGCGAGGAGUAUCUGCUAUAGAUCCUGAAUGGCUUCCAACAUUUGUUCCUGAGCUUUGUAAUUUAUCAGAACCUCUUUUAGAUCCUCCGCCUUUCUACAAUGAAAAAGAGGGAAGCAUUUAUUGCACCGUAAGAGGUACGUUUGGAACACAGGCGUGGACUCUACCAGAAGUAAAAAUACCUCAUCCACAUAAUGUAGACUGCAUAAAGUGGUUUGCAAAGUACCUAUUAGAAGGGAAAGUGUUUAAGAAACUCGAAAAAUAUUCCAAGGAUUUAUUAAGUCAGCCAAGUAUUAUGGUGAAAACAUGGGCUAGAUUACAACCAAGAUCAGAAUUAUUAUUCAAAGCACUAUUAGCCAAAAAUAUUGCUAGACGAUCGAAUUUGAUGAAAAUUUGGAUGGAAGAUCGUCAAUAUUUACUUUAUGAAUAUUUGAAAUGGGUUCCUGAGUCAGCACAUCAAGAAGUUAGUUUAAUGUGGCCGCCAACAGAUUAACAAUAUUUUUAUUAUAUAUUUCCUGUAUAUAAAUUAUGUUAUACAAAUUUAUUAAUGCAAUAAAAUAUUUGUUAUAUCUAAA